UCUCACUCUCACUCUCUCGUGUCGCCUCCCUUCUCCCUUGCCGGCCAAGCUCGCGCAUCGCGCUGCUGCCUCUCUGGCACGCGCUCUGUCUCUCUAGAUCCGGCAUCCGGCCAAAAGCGCGUCUCGUCCUCUCUCGAGUCUCACGAUGACGCCAAGACGAAGCAUGCGCUUCGCAGCAGCGCUCGCGCUCGCAGCGCUGGCCCUCAGCCCCGCGGCAGAUGCAGCAGUGACCGUGGCGCAGCCACUCAUGGCGCAGCUGCCGCAAAUAGCGCACGUCGGGCAGCCGUACACCUGGGCCUUCUCGGACGCCACUUUUGCGUCCGACGUGGGCGCCGCCAUCUCGUACGCGGUGCAGGGGCUGCCGCAGUGGGCACACUUUGACGAGGCGUCCAGGACAUUCAGCGGCAGUCCGGCCGAGAGCGAUGAGAGUCAGGCGCGCAUCACGGUCGAAGCAUCCGAGCCAGGCUCGGCGGCUUCUGCAGCGUUCAACCUCCUCGUCCUCUCGCAGGCAGCGCCCGUGCUGCACAAGCCCAUCGCCGAGCAGCUGCCCGAGGCGAGCUCGCUGGGCAUCAAGAACAUCCUGCCGGGCAACCAGCUGCACCUGCCGCUCGGCUGGUCCUUCAGCAUCGGCUUUGCCGGCGACACGUUCACGCAGCCCCACGGCGACAACGUGUACUGGACGGCGCAGCUGGCGGGCAACCGUGCGCUGCCGUCGUGGAUGACGUGGGACGCCAACAGCUACACGCUGUGGGGCGUCGCGCCCACGUCUCCUGGCCCAGAAGGCGAGCAGUUCGACUUCGUGCUCACGGGCUCGAACCGCCGCGGCUACGGCGGCGUCUCGAGCUCCAUGACCGUCGUCGUCAGCUCGCACGAACUGACGCUCGGCGGCCCGCUGCGCGCCGUCAACAUUACCGCCGGCGACAACUUCCGCUACCGCAUCCCCACGACGGGCCUGCAGCUCGACGGACGCCAGUCGCCCGAGAGCAACACGAUCACGACGCACGUCGAGGCCUCGCAGUACAGCUGGCUGGCGUACGACGCCGAGACGAACACCGUCUCGGGCAAGGUGCCGUUUGACGCCGCGCAGGGCGAUCCCUCGCAGCCGCAGAGCCUCUUUGUGCCGCUCACCUUCCACGACACGCACAACAACUCGCUGCCCGCCAACCUGACGCUGGCCGUGUAUCCGUCGGCGUUCAACGUCGAGACGCUGCCCAACAUCUUCAUCGAGCCGGGCCACAUGUUCAACCAGUCGCUCGCCGGCCUGCUGCGCAACCCGGCCGUGUCGAAGCUCAACAUCACGUACGACCCGCCGAGCGCAUCGGCGUGGCUCAGCCUCGACGACGACGAGACGCACCUGCUUGCCGGCAAGCCGCCGGCCGAGGCGUCCGACGACCGCGUCAAGGUCUCGCUUGUGGCGACCAACGGCGGCGACAGUGAUCGCACCAGCAGCGCCACCUUCUUCCUCGCCGCCAACGGCGACACGCCGCCGGCUGGCGACUCUGGCGCCGCUGCCGACGGCGACAAGCCCGCCGGCGGGCUCUCGUCUCGCGGCAAGCUGGCGCUCAUUGCCAGUCUGGGCGCGGCGGGCGGGCUGGUGGGCCUUAUCAUCCUCAUGGUCAUCUGCCGCCGCUGCUGCGCCGUCGAGUCGCACGACACGAGCGGCGUCAUGGCCGACGAUGCCUACGACGAGGAGCGCACGCUGCACGACGAGAAGUCGCCGCGCUUUGCGGCGGCGGCGUGGGGCAAGAAGAAGGGCAGCGACAGCGGACACACGCCCUCGACCCUCACGGGCGGCAGCCCAUGGCUGGACCCCAAGUCUGCCGCGGCGGGCAACAAGAGCAGCGUGGCGUGGGACGGCAUGCCGGCCGACUUUGUCGACCACCACGUCGCCGACGGACGCACCUCGCCGGCGAUGAACGACGCCUACACGGCCUUUGCCGCGGCCGAGGCCGUGUCGCGCGCCAACGAGCAGCGCGCCUCGCCGGAACGCGCCGUGCAGCACUCCAUCAUGGGCGCCAUGCCGUGGGGCAAGAAGAAGCGUGCGGCGGCAGCGUCGAACAAGAGCCUGGCGCGCGAGGCGGCGCUCAACAGUGCCAUUGCCGUGACGACGAGCGCGACGCAGGGCCUCGGCCUCAACACGGGCGACGAUGCGUAUGCCUCUUCGCCGUCCUCGAGCGCACGGCACUCGCGCUCGCGGCAUUCGGGCCUGAGCACGCGGUCAGGCGGCAACGGCACGGGCAUGGCGCGGCCAGCCAGCUGGGAGGACGACAUGUGGUACGAGCAGCCGACGCGGCGCGGCGGCACGGAGACGGCGAAGCGCUCGACGCCGAUGCGUCACCGCAACAGCCACAUCAACGCCAGCCCGCUCUUCUCCACCGGCGGCUUCCAGACUGGCCCUUCGCCCGCUGCCUUUGCCACGACGAGCGUCAGCGGCGACGGCCACAGCACCGACCACGAGGCGGACACCUUCGAGGACAGCCAGGGCACGGGCGACGCCGACCAGAUGGAGGCCGUCGAGAUCAGCCAGGCGCGGCGCGUCGACCUGCGGCAGCCGUCGAGCACCUUUGCGCGCGCCGUCAGUGGCUCCGUCGAUCCCAUGGAUGCCAACGCUGCAUUUGAGGAUGCCGAGGACGAGGAAGGCACGCUCAACGGCCACGACGAGGGCACGUACGGCCACACGGGCCGCGCGCCGAACCGCGAGAGUGCCAUGAGCAACAUGACGCAGGACUUUCGCGCACUGCAGCCGCACCUGACGUUCCCGGACCACGCGCCGACGAUGCGCGCCGUGAACCCGUCGGCGUCACCUCCACCAACGCCGUCGCCCUUCGACGCUCCCUUCGGUGUCGCCCCGACGCCGCGGCCCGCCUCGAUCCGCACCUCGUCGCACCGCGUGCACCAGCCGCAGCUCGUCGAGGUCUCGCCGCGCCGCCACACGCUGUUCACCAUGCACCCCAAUCCGCCGCCGGCGCUGCGCGGCGCGCCCGACUCGCCCGGCAAGCGCUCCGGCUCGCGGCGCCAGACGUACCACCUCAUCGUGCUCGACGAGUCGAUGCCGCAGUUCCACGGCCAGUGGCCCGCCAUGCUCUCCGAGUGGCUCAGCUUCAACGAGCGGACCUUCGAGGUGUCGGGCAUGCCGCCGGAUGGGCUGUUUGACGAGGAGGAUCUGGACGGCAUGUCCAUUGCCCUCGUCCUCUCGACGCAGCGUGCACCGCCCAGCCCGGCACUGGGCCCGACGUCGCCGCCAAGCCCCAGCAAGCGCGGCCACGGCCGCUCGUGGAGCAACGACGGCGAGGGCGAGGAGCUCGAGGUGGUGGCGCGCGCCUUCCUGCGCUUCAACCACGGCCGCACCGCGUUCCACGAGGUCAACCUCGGGCCUCGCGUGUACUAAACGUCUCGACGCGACUGCAGCAGCGCGCCUCCUCGUCGUCGAGUUGUCAGGC